AUGUCCAGAUUCCUCACCCUUUUGUCAAUAAGUCCCAGGAUACAUAGAGUUCAACGAAGGUUCAGCUCUGGAAAUUCGUCCAUUGAUACCGCGGACUCUAAAGAUCAUUCGGUUGUGAAGACACCCGAAACUACACAAGUCAUAACGGCCGAUGUUAUAUCGGGUGCGCCAGAGGAAAUUCGAUUUCGAACUGUAAGAAUUUAUAAGCCUUCUAAGACUGCUAUGCAAUCUGGAACUCAUAACACUAAACAAUGGAGGAUUGACUUUGAUAUCCUGGAAGGAGGCGACAGAUGGGAAAAUCCGCUAAUGGGUUGGGCCAGCAGCGCUGACUAUGUACAGGCGUUACGAAUGAAAUUCAUCUCAAAAGAAGAUGCGAUUGAUUUUGCUGAAAAACAAGGUUGGGAUUAUUAUGUUCAUGAAAUGAAAGAAUCGAAAUUCCGUAAAAAGGUGUAUGCCGAUAAUUAUAAGUAUUCACCGGGAAAACUGAGGAUCAUUAAAACAAAGUAA